AAUUAAAGAAAAAUUUUUCGGCAGAACUAUUCAAGUAAUUUUCAUGUCUUAAACCCUUCUCGAACUCGGGAGCUCAUUCGUUUUGGAUUUUUGGCGGUUACAGAAAACGGUCGCCGGAUUUUCCAUCCCCUAGGUGUCCACAAAUUUGAGAUCAGCCCCAUUUAAGUAAUUUUCCCGUCUUAAACCUUCUCCAACUCGGGAGCUUCGUUUUUGGUUUUCGGCGGUUACGGUCGCCUGAGUUUCAAUGGCUGAAGCGGAGUUGCCGUCCGUCGAGCAUCUGAGUGGCGAAGUCGAAAUUGGGGAGGUCACGGAGACACCAUUGGAGGUAGACCUUUUAUCAUGGCCAGUAAUUGACCUUCGAGUACCUCCUUACCGGACAUGCCAUUUCUUCAACCAGUUCAGAGCCACUGCUUCAAACCCUAACAAUUUUCUUAAAGCUGUGAAAUGGUCCCCGGAUGGUUCUUGCUUUCUCACCUGUUCAGACGAUAACACACUCCGAUUGUUUUCUUUGCAAUAUGAUGAAAGUGGUACCGAUGCUGAUUCUUGUUCUGCUUCCAGUGCUGAUUCAUACAAUGCAAACCUAGUCGUUAGCGAAGGAGAAUCUGUCUAUGAUUAUUGCUGGUACCCAUAUAUGUCUAUUUCUAGUCCUGAUACAUGUGUAUUUGCUACUACUACACGGGAUCAUCCAAUUCAUCUUUGGGAUGCUAAUACAGGACAGCUACGUUGUACAUACCGUGCAUAUGAUGCCAUGGAUGAGAUCACUGCUGCUUUCUCAGUUUCUUUCAACCCAGCUGGAACUAAAGUAAUCGCUGGAUACAACAAGUCUCUUAGAAUAUUUGAUGUUCAUCGGCCUGGAAGAGAUUUCAAACAAAUUUCAACUCUUCAAGCGAAUAAAGAAGGACAAUCAGGUAUAAUAUCCUCCAUUGCUUUUUCUCCAAGUGAUUCAGGGUUGCUGGCUACUGGUUCGUAUGACCAAACUACCGCAAUAUAUAGAGAAGAUAACAUGGAACUGUUAUAUGUAUUGCACGGCCAAGAAGGUGGGGUCACACAUGUCCAAUUCUCAAAAGAUGGUAAUUACUUGUACACAGGGGGCCGAAAGGAUCCUUAUGUCCUCUGCUGGGAUAUUCGCAAGACUGUGGAAAUUGUGUACAAGCUUUAUAGAUCUACUGAAACCACCAAUCAGCGGAUAUUUUUUGAUAUUGAUCCUAUAGGCCAACAUCUUGCUACUGGUGGUCAGGUAUAAUUCCAACUCUACAACUGCUUAUCGAAGUGACUUUUGUUUUUGUAGUGGAUUAACCGUGUUUCUUGUGAUCACUCUCCUAGGAUGGCUUGGUUCAUGUUUAUAAUUUACAGAAUGGGCAGUGGGUAUCAAGUUUUCAAGCGGCAUCUGACACUGUCAAUAGCUUCUCUUUUCAUCCCUUUUUCCCGAUGGCUGCUUCAUCUUCUGGGCAUCGAAGAUAUGGAGAGGUUGAUGAUUCUAAUGAUGAUGUCUCCCUUAGAGGUAAAUCUCAUAAAUCCAUUUUCAAAAUACCAUUUAUAAGUUAACAUACAUACAACUAUACUGAAGUUUGUGUUUAUGAUCGUUGCCACUUGCCUGAGUGUAUACACUGAAGUACAAAUAGGAAACAAAGAGUAUUGCACUUGGUAUCAUUUAUUCUUUGAACUGGUAUAUAAGCCUAAUCAAAUGACAAUCAAAGUUGAGCUAUGAAGUAAUUGUUGAUUGGUAGUUUUUUUUUUUUCCAAAACAAAGACUAGUAGUUUUCUUUUUCAAAACAAAUACUACUAUUAUGCUUCAGUCCUAUGUUCAUCACCAUCCUUUUCUGCCAUAGAUGAUGAAAAUUGCGUUUCUGUCUGGAGUUUUGCUCAUACCAACAGUAAUGCUUUUUCCUCUGCAAACUUUGAGGAGCCCGACAGGCAAGUUGAAAACAAUGACAUAGGCAACGGCUCUUGAUUCUUGCACAAUGACGGGCAAGUUCAAUUGCUAUUUAACAGAAGCGAUUGUCACCUUGUCCCAGUGUUAAAUGCAAGUCAAACUGCAUACUGAGGAAAGUGCAAGUAAACGGAGUUACAUAUUGUGCAUCAUUCCUAUUUUUGUACAGGGUGAUUUUGACUCUUGCAAACAUGAUCAUUGUUUCCAGCUGGAUCAAUCUGGAUAUAUAAUUUGUCAGAUUUGGCUUAAAAUGUCAUUGCUAGUUUGCUAAACUUAUUUUUAAGGUUUCGGUUACAUUACUAGUGAUACAAAAUGAACCAAAACUUGGUAAUGUUAUGUUACCUUUCACUUUUCUGUAACUUUUGCCGUGUGUCGUGUCAUUAUGGAAUACAAAAGUUGCUUUCUUUUUCUCUUUUUAGAAAAUUUUUGAAUUCAAAAACAUUAUAAUCAUAGAUUCCUCUUUCCAAUACCCCAUACUAAGUUACAGAUUAGAAAGGAUCAAUAAUGGACCAAAAUGGAGAUUGUUCCUUAAGCGCGCAGCAUUCUGCCAUUCGCCAAUUCGAACUUGUUUUUUUUAAGAUAAUUU